AUGGGACACCCCUUUGAAAUCAGAGAUACCAAUCAUCGGCCGGUGGUGCCUGAUUCGGGCCGUAGAGUGUUUGCUCACUACAUGGUCGGCCUCGCAUGCGACCAUCCACCUGAGUGCUGGGUUCACGAUGUGGCGGCAGCCAAAGCGGCCGGCAUCGACGGGUUUGCUCUCAAUAUUGGCCCUUCGGACCACUGGACUAGUAUACAACUCGACCAUGCUUAUGAAGCAGCCGAGAAGUGUGGAGGGUUUUCCAUGUUCAUUUCAUUUGACAUGGCGGCUGGAUAUUGGUCAGUGCCUCAGGUGGUCAGCUUGAUUAGCCGGUAUCAGACAUCCCCUGCACAAACCAUGGUCGACGGAAAAGCCCUUGUCUCGACUUUCGAAGGUUCCGACUGGGCUCCCAACUGGCUUACUGUGCGCAAUGAGAUAGCCAUUUGCCUUAUCCCAAACUGGUCAAGUCUGGGACCGCAUGGGGUUGCCCACAAAUUGGAUCUGAUUGAAGGGGCUUUUUCCUGGGAUGCCUGGCCGAAACCUGGGCAAUCCAAGAUGACCACCGUCGAGGACCUCUUUUACAAAGACUGCCUCCGCGGCAAAAAGUACAUGAUGGGUGUCAGUCCCUGGUUCUAUACAGGCAAGUUUACAUCCCCAUCUGUAUCAUUAUUUUAUCUAAUCGCAGGCCCAGAUCUCCCCCAGUGGAAUAAGAACUGGUACUGUUCCGGCGAGUCUCUUUGGCAUGAUCGUUGGCAGCAGGUCUUAGAAGUCAUGCCGGAUUUUGUCCAGAUCAUUACCUGGAAUGACUUUGGUGAAUCAAGUUACGUUUGUGACUCGUCGUCGGCACAGGUAGUCAGCGGCACAGAAACGUACGUUUCUGGGCAUUGCCACGCUGCGUUUAGGGCGGUUCUACCUUAUUUCAUUACCGCCUUCAAGUCCGGAACUGCCGACAUUGAUUGGCACGGAAAAAACACCGCUAUUGCGUGGUACCGCACUGUCCCGAUCCGUGGCCAGCAACAUUCCGCAACAGUUUGGGGCCAAGGGGGUACGGUUUCGGCCACUCACGGGGCCAAAGACGUCGUCUCUGUCAUGGCAGUAACGAAGGGGGUCGCAUGUAUCACUGUCACGAUCGGAAACGCCUGUCGAGUGACGUUUGAGACAACAAGCCGAAACCCUGUUUCGUACUUCGAAGUGCCGUACGAUCAUCGCAUCACAGGCCCUGUGUCAUUGACCUUGAAUGGGAAGACCGCAGUAGGGCCGGAGAUAGAGGUCUGGCACGGGAAUGGCAAAGUAAGUGAUAGGUUUGGAAAGUGA